CUCUUUUUUACAACUAAAUGAACUUACAAUGACUGAAAUUAUUAACGAUGAAAUUGAUAUAUUUGAGAUAGCGAAAAAGAAUUGGUUAUUUGAUGAUAAAAACAAAAAAAAACUAUACAAAACGAAGCGUGAUGAUUCGAUUAUAUCCUUAAUUCUAAAUCAUCUUUUGAAGAAUCCCCAGAACACUAUCAAUACUGAUAGUAAUAUUAACUACAAUUUAUUAACUCAAUUGGAAUCUUUAAACUAUUUAGAAAGCUAUCUAUGGGUUAUAUUUGAUGAAUUUUCCACAAAUGACCAUAUUAUUUCGGUUUCUUUAUUACUUCUAGCUAAAUCAACGAAUACUGAUUAUACUGCUUCUAUAUGGUCCUCUUUAAGAAUGAAUGAACAUACCAACUUCAAUGACGAUAACGAUCAAUACAUUAACUCUGAUAAAAGAGCAUUUAUAUCCUUGUUUGAAAGGGUUUUGUCACUUUUAUUAUCAGACUCUUAUACUGAUAGACUAGUAAUCCAAAAAACCUAUCUAUUAGCAUUUAUAAACUUAUUGCUUAACAAUUUAGAUUAUCGUUUCAUCAAAUCACAAUUAUCUCCAAUUUUUAAUAUUCUGAUUUGGUCAAAUUUGUCAGCAAAUAGAAAACAAGUUAUUUUCAAUAACUAUCCUCAUAUAAAGAAAAUGUAUAAUAAAUUUGAGAAAAAAUUUAAUGCUCAAAAUGACCAAGAUAAAACCAAACAUAAUAAAAUUAAAAAGUCAGAUUUUAUUUUCAGACUGAACUGGUUAUAUCAUUUUCUUUUAGAUUACAUUUUCAUAAUCUCAGCAAAUAAUUCUAAUAACUCUAAUGAUAUUUCAAUUAAAAACCAAAUAGUGAUCGAUUAUUCUUUGAUGGUCUUUCAAUUUUUAAUUGAUAUUUUAUCUCAAUUAUCAACUCGUGCAUUUACAAAUUCUCUAGUUAAAGAUAUCAACUUAUUAGCUUUUAUUAAUUUAUAUAUAAUUGACAAGAACCUUAAAAAUUCAGAUCUCUUGAAAAUGUUUGAUAUCUUAUUGUAUUAUAUUUACAACCCAAUUGACGACUUUACUGGAAUCAUAACAUCAACUGAAUCAGUUCAAACUAACUACUAUAAUAGUUUGGAAUCUUUUCAAAAAAUUAUUUACAAAUUGUUUCAAAAUAAAACAAAUAAAACUCAAAUUAUUGAGUUAUCAAAGGCUUCUUUAACAUAUUUGACUAAUAAAUCUUUUUUUAUAUCAACAUUAUCUUCAUUAGACUCACAAGAUUUAAAAUUAAUAUUAAAAGAAAUUGAUCUAAACUUGAACUAUUCUACUUCACUUAAUAUUCAACUAACAAAAGAAUUGUUUAUUCAAUUUAUAUAUUUCAACUAUUACAAUCCUUUGACAUAUUUAAAUGAUUUUUACAAAGUAUCUUUAUUGCCCGAUCAAUCUUCAAUUCUUGAAAAUUAUAAUUUAUAUCAACUGGAUCAUCAGAUGAAAAAUAGAUCAAUACUAUGUUUUUCGAAGCCAUUGUACAAACUUGGAUUACAGUACUUAUCAAUGAAUGACUUUUUAUUUAGAAGUUUUUUUCUUCAAAGAGAUGAAUUUUUCUACCAAAUACUGAACGAUAUCGAGUUGAUAAUAAAAAGAUUAAACCAUAAAAUUUAUAGAUCUGAUAUAAAUAAUGAAGAAUUGAAAUUACAAGGUUUUAGCAAAAUGGCCUUAAAAAUUACAAACAAACCAUCCAUUGUAUCCACAACUUUUAACGGUUCAAUAAAAACACCCUAUCCUGAUGUAGUGAACUUAGAGGUUCAAUUAAAUUUAAAUAAAUUAUCUGACAACAUAAUUAAUGAAUGGGACGAACUAUCAAGAAAUGAUAUAAUCUUUUUAGUUUCUCUCACAGAGAAAAAAAAUUCAAAUAAUUUUUUAGAAUCUUUAGGAAUCCGUCAAAUUACUUCUGGUAAAAUCACUGAAAUUGUUGACGGUUAUUCUACAAAAAUUCACUCUGCAGAAAAAAAUAAUACAUUAAGUGAGAAGAUUCCGAACAAUGAUUUAUCAAAUUAUAAACUCAAGUUACGACGUUUUUAUAUUGAUAUUGAUGCAAAAGUGUAUCAUGAAAUUUCAAAUUUUGGCAAUGAUAAACAAAAAUUUGAUUCUAUGCUUUCUAAUAUCAAUCUAAUUGUUAGAAGAAAAAAAAGAGAAAACAAUUUUUAUCAAAUUUUGUCCAAUAUGAAAUUAUUAGUAAAUCAAACAGAAUUAAACUUACCUUCUUUGCUUUUAGGGAAUUUUUUGGGAUUUGAUACACAAAUUCAUAACAACAACGAUAAUUGGAUCCUUGACAUGAAAAAUAAUUUUAUUGAUUUAAAUCAUUUAUUUGAAUGUUUUCCUGAUUAUAAUUUAACAAUAAAUAAUAAAAAAUAUCCUAAAAUUUUGAAAAAGCGUAAAAGAAUUUCAAAUAACGUUGGCGAAAUUAUACAUGAAACAUUUACACCUCCUUUUUUGCUUGAAAAAACUAAUCAAAUUAAGAAAACCAUAUCAAUUUAUCUCUAUGAUCAGAAAAAGUUACCGAAUUUUUCAGAUAAUAAUCAUAAACCUUUGAUAAAAUUUACAGAAAACCAAAUGAAAUCAAUUAUAUCUGGAAGUUUGCCUGGCUUAACAAUAAUAUUGGGACCACCUGGAACUGGUAAAACUGAUGUGGCUACUCAAAUAAUAUCAAAUGUAUUUAAUAAUUUUCCACAUCAAAAAACUUUGGUUAUAACACAUAGCAACCAUGCAUUAAACCAUUUAUUUACCAAACUUGCUCAACUUGGAACUAUUGAUGAACAGUUUUUACUAAGACUUGGAUAUGGAGAGCAGGGCUUAUCUAUAUCAGUUUCAGAAGAUGGAAUUCAGAAUCAGUCAUCAUUUUGUUCCUUUGGAAGAGUUGAACAUUCAAUUAACCAAAUUCCUGUUUUAUUAAAAAAAGUUGAUACACUUGCAGAAAGUUUGAACAUUGUUGGUGCUCAUGGAAACUCAUGUGAAACUGCAAUAUUUUUUUACAAUUCAUAUAUUCAAGAAAUAUGGAAAGAAUUUUUAAUAAAAAUUAAAAACGAAGAAAAAUCAAGCAAAUAUCUUAUAAGGUUUUAUCCUUUUUUUGAUUUUUUUUCAAAAUUGGAUAGGCUGAUUGAUAAAAACAAACUAGAAAGCGAAAAGUAUAAUGAUUCUUUUACUAUCCUAACAAGACACUAUGAAUCAAUUGUUUCAAUUUUUGAUAAAUUGGAAUCAUUUAGACCUUUUGAGGUAUUGACAAAUUUAAAAGCAAAAACUAAUUAUAUACUUUUGAAACAUGCUAAAGUUGUUGCAAUGACAUCGACCUAUGUUUCAAUGAGAAAUGAUGAUUUAAAAGAAAUGGGUUUAAGUUUUGAUAACGUUUUAAUUGAAGAAGCUGCACAACUUACUGAAAUUAAUACAGUAAUACCAUUAUUGUUAGCCAAUUCUAGAAAAUCUGACAACUCAUUAAAAAGGGUGAUAUUUAUUGGUGACCAUAAUCAGAAUAGGCCUAUAAUUCAAAAUCCCUCUUUAAAACAAUUUUCAAAGGCAGAUCAAUCAUUGUUUGAAAGAUUUAUUAAAUUGGGUCUCCCAUACUUUAAAUUGAAUUAUCAAGGUCGUGCAAGAAGUGAAAUUGUUUACUUAUAUAAUCACAUCUAUUCUGAAUCAGGAUUUUCUAACGGCAUACUUAACCUUGAACAUAUCGAAAAUAGUACAGAAUUUAUACUUUCUAAUCCAGGUUUUAAUAAUGUUUGUCAAUUUAUUAACGUUUCUAAGUACCAUAAUCAAGGAGAAACAGAGCCUUCACCAAAUCUUAUUCAAAAUUUAGGAGAAGCUGAAUUUGCUGUUGCUUUAUAUUGCUAUAUGAGACUAUUAAAUUACCCAAACCAAAAGAUUACAAUACUAGUAAUGUAUAGUGGUCAAAAGUAUUUGGUUGAAGAGAUUUUAAAAACUAGAUGUGGUACUAAUAAAAAAGGAUCAGAUAUCAAUAGUAAAGAUUUUGAUUUUGGAUGGCCAAUUGUGAGCACUGUUGAUAAUUAUCAAGGACAAGAAAAUGAUUAUAUCUUGUUAUCUUUGUGUCGUACAAAAAAGUUGGGUUACAUCAGAGACAUAAGAAGAGUGACUGUUGCACUAUCGAGAGCAAGACUAGGAUUAUAUGUUCUAGGUUACCAGCUGCUAUUUCGCAAUAUUGUAGAACCGCAACUCAAAAAAGUUUUUGAAAGACUAAUUCCUGAAAAGUUUGAUGGUAAAUUGGAUUUGGUUACAGGUGAAAUGUUUGGCAAAAUUAAUCGAAAGUCCAGCGAACUAUCUUUGAAUAGUUUUAAAAUGGAAAGUUUGGAACAUUUUGGUCAAUAUGUUCACGAAAUGACUGAAACCAGAAUGAAAUUUAAUAUUGGUUCUAAAGAGUGAAGUUUCAGUUGUUUUUAAAUUUUUGUAACAUUAAUUAUUUCAAAAAUGAAAUGAAAAACUAACUAUAAAAAGAAAUGGAUUAAAAACAUUAAUAAAAAUAUCUGAAACGUUUAAAUUAUAAGA